AUGGCCAACACGCCAGACAAUUCAGUCGACACGAGCACACCGAGAGCCGCUAAAGACAAGCAUUGCCCUUACUGUGGCCAAGCCUUCACCUCCUCCUCCCUCGGCAGACAUCUCGACCUAUACAUAAAGGAGAAAAACCCCAAGCCGCCCGAUGGCGUACAUGACGUGGAAGCGAUUAAAAAGCUCCGGGGCGGCAUCACACGGAGGCAGCCGCGAGCAUCGCUAGCCAGGAGAGCCACCUCGACGCCGACCGGCACUCCCGCAACCUCCGUGUCUAGGAGGAGCCCCGCCUCCGACGAUGCCGCAUCCUCCUCUGCCAGAACACCGGCUGCCCAGAAAGGCUCGAACCAUGGAGAGGACGCAGCUGCACCGAGAUUCCCUUUCAUCACCCCAUGGGAAGCCACAGGGGUGAUCAAUGAUAUCCCCAAGAAUGGUGAACCAAGCAGGCGCGGCAGCGAGGUGGCACCAGGGGGAUCUUGGCUCGCGGCCAUGCCGCCGCAGCCGGCGCAGAGAGCCAUGAGCCGACAAAUCCAGAAGUCCCAGUUCGACAUGAAGCAGAAGGUGCAGGAUGCUUCAGACACCGCGAGGGCUGCCGAAUUGGCGCUGCGAGAAAUGAUCGGGUCAUGGAGAGCGGCAAAGUAUCACAUCGAUAUGCACUCCAUGCCCUUCGAAUUCGAACCUUUAGCGUUGGACUUUCCAGCACUGACCCUCCAAUGCCUUCAACCUCCGCCUACCCUGUUCUCGUCCACCCAACAUCCCACGACGACUUCUUGGUCCAUAUCCCCCCCAGACCACCAACAAUACGAGGCCCUACGCACAUAUUUCGCCGAAGAGUUCCGAAAAUGGAGGAUUACCUGCGAGACUGUUACGACAGCGGUCAAUGAAGACCUUCAAUACCCUCCAUCCUCGACAGUUUUCAAGUGCGAGGCGCAGGAGGCUGCACACAGGGGUCUCAAGGUGGCCGAGACUCUAGAAAGACAGGUGGACAACCACCUUCAAACUACGUUUACCAUCUGGGAAGGACUUCCCGCCGAGCGCCGUAACGAGCUCUGGGUCUUGGAACUGGCUAGGAGUGUCGGGAAGAAACAGCACGAGAUGGACAAACUAAAGGAGACGCAGCACAACCUUAGACAGGAAAAUGCGAACCUCAAAUCCCACGUCGAGCACCUCAACCGCCUGCAACAGCCACGCGAGUUUAAGAUAUCACCGCCCACUACGGUACCCGUGGGACCGGGCAUGGUGGCGUUUAUGCAAGAGGAAGCAGUAGUUCACGGCCGCCGCACUGUUGGUCUGAACAUUGACGAUCGCCAUUUGGACUUGGGAACGAUAGUGUCAAGCGCUAUCGAGCGUUGGAAGAACGUCAUCGUCUCGACAAGGUCGACAAGUGGUCUGGAUGCCCAGCGGCCUCUCGAACAGGCUGCCUCCGCGCCUCCCUCUCAAGCCGGAUCUUCCUCAAUGGGGACGAAUGAUGGCAACGAGGCCGCCGCCGUUGCACCUGGUAGCUCAACCCAAGCUCAGAAUCAGGUCCCACAGCCGCGACAACACCAUGCCGUACAAGCCGUUCAGGAUCCACCUCGGCCGGGGCAACACCACUUUGGCACACGACCGAAGGGCUAUGCCCACGCCGCUAGUCGCCACCCGUCGACAACCGCCCCAAACACCAACAUUCUUAGCGCCCCCCCUUCUGUUGUCACCACCAGCGCUGACCAUGACGAUGAGAUUAGCGACCAAGAUGCUGAUGCAGAAAUGGAAGACGAUGAUGGCCUGGGAUUCCCGGCAAUGAAUGCAGCCCCCGAGCCGCACCAGUCUCGGCACCAAGAACAAGCCCGUCAACAAGUUGCUUCGAUGCCCGAACAGCAUGCAGUUCAGCUGGAUGUGCCGCGGACCAGGGGCGCAGAACGGCCGCGAUUCGCUGUCAUUGCUAAUUCUACGGGUAGGAGAGCCAAUUCUACAAGUGCCACCCACGUUGGCCACGGGGGGAUGGAAUUGAGCCGGUCCACGUCACCCAUGAACGUUGCGAUGCAGUGGAAGACAACUGGAAACCAACAGCAAGUCCAACCCAAUUCUGGGCUCGGUCAUGGGAGAGCCGUCCACGCUGACAUGGGCAUGGCGAUGCACGUGGUUGGUGGAGAGCCGAUGUAUACAGACUAG